AUGGUGAAAUCUGGUGACGGUUUGACCACCGUUAUCCUUAAAUAUCAUGAGCCCCCUGAAGCUCGGAAACCGCCCGCAAAGGACCCCUGGCGCCUCUACGUAUUUAAGGGGGAGGACCUACUUGAGACGAUACAGUUGAUACGAGAGAAUAUGUUCUCAUGCUGCCGCCAUCUGGAUGAUGAGUACUUCUUGCUUUGA